UGCGCAGCUUUCAGAAAACAGCGACGAAAAACGUCUGGCGGGUGUAUUUAAAAAGUACCUUCGGCUUAGUAAUUACAGCAUCGGCGGAACGGAGCUCUUUACAAAUCGCAAUGGCGUGGAAUCAUUGGCAAUAAUUGACUUCGAUGAGUGCGUUUACAUACAGUUCCAUGAUUGCUCUCCAAACGCGCGUUGCUUCAACUUGCAAGGCACUUACACAUGCAGCUGCAAAGAAGGUUUCGCGGACUUAUCUGGCAACUCCAUUUAUCCGGGACGAAUGUGUUCACAAGAGCUGAUUGGUUGCGACCAAUGCCACUACCACGGCAAGUGCGUAGCUACCAAGGCUGUUGAAAAUACAGUCUGCGAAUGUUUCGCAUGGUACACUGGUGCAAAAUGUCAAGUUAAUUUGAAAAUAUUACUGAUUGCACUAAUAUCCGUCGGUACAUUUCUCCUUACGCUGUUGAUGUUUUGCAUUCUGCUAAUGUGUACUAAGCGAAAUUCGUUACGACAUAGAGCACGCCAAUUAUCACCCGCCGGUUCUGGCAUCCAUCGAAUAAUUUCAGCGAAAAACACGGCGCUGGCGGGCAUUGGACUCAUCGGUCGCCACAGCGCGCAUGACACCUCGGGUGGAAGAUCCAACCUCGAUAAGUGUGCCAUAAUUAAGGAUACAAGCAGUGAAAGUAGUCAGAACUCCCUGUCGUAUCUCCUACAGAAAGAGUCCACUACGAGAACGAAAAAGUCGCAUCAUCGGUUUAGACAUCCCGACACAAAGACUGACAACAGUAUUCAAGCAGAGGAGCAGCGUCAUUCCACCUAUGACCGUCUUCCACUCACCGAAUGUUUCACCACAAAUACCAAUGGAAGUGGAAAGUAUUUGAUGAAGACACAUAAUUUGUUUACAGAUUUGGAACGAAAUUAUCCAGAUCAAUCCGAUCGGUCACUCACUGUAAUGAUACCGCGUGCCAAGUACCAUGCGUCCGUCCUGCCUCAGCCUCAGUUAUUUCAUCAACAAGUAAAUAUGGAACAGUCGAAAAAGCCGCACGAACAGCUACAACGAAUGAAACAAAAGCAAGUUCAAAUAAAUAAAUCAGAUAACACGGCUUCCAUGACUACAAUGCAGGAGGAUAUUUGUGGGGUUCUGCAGCAUCAGAAAAAAAUGUCCAAGAUAACAUCAAAGAAGCUAAAUGCCGAAGGAUCUAAAUACCCUGCGCCAAUAUUCCUUCCAAGUACAACUAAAAACGAUUGCACCUUAACAAACAUGAAUCUGCAUCAUUUAGGCGCGCUCGUAUCGGCGGGAUUCGAGGUGUCGGCCAUAGUUGGUGAAAAUAUAUUGAACACGAACAACAGCAAGAACGUUAGUGGGCGAAUGAAUGCGCGAGCGAGAGAUAAGCAAUACAGCUUGGACACAUUUUCCCAGGGACUAGAUACGUGCCGCGAUUGCGGUGGCAGUGGCAUUCCUGAAGCACAGUUACUCAGUGAACAGCAUCAGCAAGAACAGCAGCAACAGACCACGCAAGCUAAACUAGUGAAGCAAUUCGGGAAUCGAGCCAUUCCAGAACGUGCACAUAGCGAGAGCAGUACAAUGCCAUACUCUGCUGGGGAAAAUCUCAAUUCAGCGGGACAUAAUGUGGUCUACGAAUGUGGAAACGAAUCGGCAGAAGCACACUCUAUUGAUGAAACUACCGUGCAGGCUGUCAUGGAACCAAUGCACAUUUGCUCCGACGCACAAACUGCCAAUACAAAUGACGAGGCAAACACGAUGGCAGAACGCGAUGUCGGAUCGACGUUUCUAUUACCACAUACACAUCUUUAUAAGCCGGAUGUGCAAGGAAGUGACGUAUCCGGCUUUGAUUCUUUCUAACCCCCUCUAGCUGAAGGCUGCAGUAGAAAUGGUGUAAGCGUCCAUUUAAGGACGCUUAUAUUUAUCUAGGCUUAAGUAUUUAUUUAUAUACAAACACAUAUAUGUAUGUACACACUUAGGGCCGGUUGUUAUGUCUGGUUAUCACUGCCUCCAAGUUAAACAUGAUUUUCGACGUCUUCCACAUCAUGCAUAUAACAUGUGAUCGAUAAAGCAGUCGUUGUAUUUAACCGGAGCUCUACCUCCGAUUUGUGUUAACCGGAAAUUGAACAACCGGCCCUUAGACUCAUAAGUUUAUAUGUUACUAGUUGCAUAAAUAUGCAGUUAAAAAAAAAUUGGGCUAUGUCCCAAGCUAAAAAAUGUACAUAUGGGGCGAUUCACGUCGAAUGUCCUAAGAGCGCUGAGCGGUGCAAAAAAGCUACUUUUUAAAUACUUAGCUGGGAAGCAGACAGAAAAUGAGAAACAAAUUUCUAAACUUUGAUUCCUGUAGAUUUUUGUACGGGCUAUCCGAUUGUGCUAUGCAUUUUCGAAAAUUUUCUCAUUUUCAUGGUGAAAAUUUGAUACGGAAACUUAUUUGUAAUCUUUCUCAAUGAUGGUAAUUUUAAUAUUGUCUUUAGUCAUCUUAGUCGAAAGAUCAGGGACUUUUAUAUUUAUCCGAGUUAUUAAGCAUUUAAGAGGGCGCCAAACCGUUAACCGUGCGCAUCACAAUAAUAUUGUUAUAACUUGGGAACUAAAUGCUUGAUGUUUGAAUCUGAAAUUUUGAAAAACUUCCUUACAUAUUAAUCUAAAAUACUAUAUUAAAACUAGGGAUGUGCCGAGUAUGCGGUAGAUAUCCGGAAUCCGGCUUAUCCGGCCGUUUUUCUGUUUUCCGACAAUCCGUCCGGUACUGGCUAAAAGAUUUCGAUUAUAGAAGUUUCAAUUAUUAUUAUUUAGUAAUUAAAGUUAACAAUGUUUAUAUUUUUCGUUGUGAAAACUAAUUUGGAAAUUCUUUGCCACUGGGUAUAACUACAUAUUUAUGUAUAAAGGGUAGCUUUAAAUAUUUCUCCACUUCUAAAUUGCUGUCAUUUGCUUGUACGGUCGUUGCCUUUUCCACCCAUCGUUUGGCUAACUACAUCACUACAAAAACUACAAAAAGCAUCAGAGCCGUUGGCGAUUUUCAAAAGCAUUGGCAAAUAUCUUGGUGAGAUCACUCUUCAAUAGAAGCUUCCACUGGAGUUCGGCCUUUUUCACAUAAUUCAACUGGUUUCUGCAUGCUUAGUGAUUUAUAGUUUCGAAUUAGUUCAUCAUCAACCCAAUUUUUAGCUUUAUGGAUGUCAGAAAAAAAUUGGUUUUGAAACGUGGGUCACAAAAUAUUGCAACAAUUACUACGUUAAUGCGACAGAAUUCAUGAA